CCCUGCAGACGUGGACCCGCCAUGGAGCACAUCCGCACGCCCAAGGUUGAAAAUGUCCGGUUGGUUGAUCGAGUGUCUUCUAAAAAAGCCGUCCUUGGUACUUUGUAUCUGACGGCUACUCAUGUCAUAUUCGUAGAAAAUGUACCUGAUGCAAGAAAAGAAACCUGGAUUCUUCACAGUCAGAUUUCCACCAUUGAAAAACAGGCAACAACUGCUACUGGAUGUCCUCUUCUGAUACGCUGCAAGAACUUUCAGAUCAUACAACUCAUCAUACCACAAGAAAGAGAUUGCCAUGAUGUGUACAUCUCUUUGACACGCCUUGCACGUCCAGUGAAAUAUGAGGAAUUAUACUGCUUUUCAUUCAACCCCAAGCUGGAUAAAGAAGAAAGAGAACAAGGCUGGAUGCUGAUCGAUCUCAGUGAAGAAUACAAGCGAAUGGGCCUCCCUAAUAAUUAUUGGCAGCUCAGUGAUGUGAAUAGAGACUAUAAAGUCUGUGACUCUUACCCUACUGAACUGUAUGUUCCCAAAUCAGCCACAGCACACAUCAUCGUAGGGAGUUCCAAAUUCCGGAGUAGACGGCGAUUUCCUGCCCUUUCUUACUACUAUAAAGAUAACCACGCCUCUAUCUGCCGGAGCAGCCAGCCCCUGUCUGGCUUUAGUGCACGGUGCUUGGAGGACGAGCAGAUGCUCCAGGCCAUCAGGAAAGCCAAUCCAGGAAGCGACUUCAUUUACGUCGUGGACACUCGGCCUAAACUUAAUGCAAUGGCAAAUCGUGCUGCAGGGAAAGGCUAUGAGAAUGAAGACAAUUAUUCCAAUAUCAAGUUUCAGUUUAUCGGGAUAGAGAACAUCCAUGUCAUGAGGAACAGUCUGCAGAAAAUGCUGGAAGUGUGUGAACUUAAAUCUCCCUCUAUGAGUGAUUUCCUAUGGGGACUAGAGAACUCUGGCUGGUUAAGGCACAUCAAGGCUAUCAUGGAUGCAGGAAUCUUCAUCGCAAAGGCAGUUUCAGAGGAAGGGGCAAGCGUGCUCGUCCACUGCUCCGAUGGCUGGGACAGGACUGCUCAAGUGUGCUCGGUAGCUAGCCUCCUGCUGGAUCCGCACUACCGGACCCUGAAGGGCUUCAUGGUAUUAAUUGAAAAGGACUGGAUUUCCUUUGGCCAUAAGUUUAAUCACAGAUAUGGCAAUCUAGAUGGUGACCCAAAAGAAAUCUCCCCUGUAAUUGACCAGUUCAUUGAGUGUGUCUGGCAAUUAAUGGAACAAUUUCCCUGUGCCUUUGAGUUCAAUGAGAGGUUUUUGAUUCACAUUCAACAUCACAUUUAUUCCUGCCAGUUUGGAAACUUCUUGUGUAACAGUCAAAAGGAGAGACAAGAACUUAAAAUUCAAGAAAGAACAUACUCUUUAUGGGCUCAUCUAUGGAAGAAUCGAGCUGACUACCUGAACCCUCUGUUUAGAGCAGAUCACAGUCAGAACCAGGGAUGCCUUCACCUCCCUGUGGCUCCAUGCAACUCCAUGUACAAGUUUUGGAGUGGAAUGUAUAACCGCUUUGAAAAAGGGAUGCAGCCCCGACAGUCUGUUACAGAUUACCUUAUGGCAGUGAAGGAGGAAUCCCAGCAGCUGGAGGAAGAACUGGAGGCCCUAGAAGAAAGGCUGGAAAAAAUUCAGAAAGUCCAGUUAAAUCACAUUACAGUGAAGAGUAAUAAACAAAGUGAACCCAGCAAACACUCAGGGUUUUCUACCUCAGAAAACAGCACAGCCAACACUCCCCAGGAUUACAGUGGGAAUAUGAAAUCAUUUCCAUCCCGAAGCCCUUCACAGGGUGAUGAAGAUUCUGCUCUGAUUCUAACUCAAGACAAUCUGAAAAGCUCAGAUCCAGAUCUGUCAGUGAACAGUGAUCAAGAGUCUGGGGUGGAGGAUUUAAGCUGCCGGUCUCCAAGUGGUGGUGAGCGUGCACCGAGUGAAGACAGUGGUAAGGACCGGGAUUCUGAUGAAGCUGUGUUUCUCACUGCCUGAAGUUUCCCUUUGGAGUUCCAAAGUGAAGGACAAUCAAGAAACACUUCCAAAAAUAAGGGCAUGGUGCAAUUUUGAAUAAAAAUAACCUAGGAUAUGGGACAUGUCAUUGAGAAUUGUAAAAUGUAGCUAUGAAAAUGGAAAAACUGUCCAACUCUUAGUUUAUUUAGAUGUUGAAGAACAGGAAGUAGCCACUUCUUUUAUUAAAUAUAAGGAAAAAUUAUUCAUCAUUUUGAAACUCAUUCUAGACUAUUAAAAUUGUAUUCACUGCAAAGCAAUUCCUUCUGUCAUCACAUGAGGUUACCAAUAUAAAUCUUCCUUGUCAUAGCAUGCAUCUCCUCAAAAAGCCCCUUGACCUUCUUUCCUCACACUUGUUAUGGUCUUGAAUCCCUACUCUUAUUUCACUUCCAGUUGCAUAAUUUGUGUUUUCUAUCUUCUGACCCUAUUAUCAGUAUUUCUAAAAAUAGGGCAUGUUGAUGAGAUAUAACAUUUUUGGUUAAUGUCUUAUAUUCUUAUGGAGUUUUGAAAUUGUUUAAACUUAUCUUUCAGGUAUAAUAAUCACUUUAACUUUUCCUUAGAUAAUAUAUUUUGAAUUGUUGAUAAUUUUGUUGCUCUUCUCUGGAAUCUCUUUGUUUCUCAUCAUUUAAAAAAAAUGAAAAAACUUAUAACUUACUUUUUCUCUAAGAUGGGUCUAAUACCUAAUAAAGUAGAAGCAACAUUCACUCUCUGGCUCUUACAUAUGAAUUCAAAUCAUAUUUGCUUUCUUAAUAACAACCUUUCAUUACUAUUCCAGAGACUACACUAUCAAGACUGAGCCAACCACCAGCCUGAUUCCUGAAGUAUAAUAUUGUAAAAAUUAGUAGGGUAAAAUAUCAACGAGGGCAAAUCCCAGUUAAGACAGCCAAAUUCUCUAGUCUUAAAUAGGAUUUGCCCUGUAUUUUGCUAAAAAGCAGAACUUUACUAGGUAACCAGAACUUUUGAUUUGAAGGAACCUAGUAAAGUUGUCAUGUUUGAAUAGAGAGAAAUAAUAUUCACAAGGUAUGACUUUGAAAUAUUAGUUCUAGAAUGUAGAAGGAUUAAACUUACUUUUAAUAACUUACAUCAAUAUUUUAAAUGUGAAUUUUUUUAUUGGCGAAUAUAUUACAUUUUGCAAAAAUGGGAUAAGAUGAAGAAAAAAGGCAAGAAAGUGACAUUGCUGAAAUCUGUAGUUUGAAAGGUUUGGGGCAUAGUAAUAUACAUAAAUGAAAUUAUACAGUAUAAUUGUUAACUGUGUGCAUAUUUAAAAAUAGAAAUUAUUUUAAUAUACUAAAGACAUGUAAUAUAAAAUACUCUUUUAAUGUUAAAAAAAAGCAAGUACAUUCUUUAAGAAUACAAAAUCUGAGUAUUUUCUGCUGAGUAGUUCCCAAAUUAAAUACAAGGAAAGGCCAUUCAUUUUCUGUAAUAUAUGUAUAUAAUAGAGAAUACCCUCCUAAUAAAUACUUAGGAUAUAGAGUCAGUGGCUUUUACAUUUUUAUAACAUAUGUAAUUCACUUCAUACCAUUCUUGUAGUUAUCUACUUUUAGAAACAUUUUUGCCUAAAACUGAGGGUGUAACUUUAAUUUUUUCCAGUUGGGAGUGUAAGUCUAUAAAAACAAUACUUUUUAAAAAAUGAAAUAGUAUCUAUGCCAAAAAGGACUAUGCAUUUAUUUGGGAAAGCAAAUAGUCUAAUUUGAUACAUUAAAUUUUAAUUUUAUAAUGUGACCUCUUCCAUCAGAGCCAUAAAUUUUUAGUUCCCUCAAUCUUUUUAUAAAACAUUAUGUGUUCACUUAUUCUACUUAUUAAAAGUAACUAACAUUGAACUCUAUAUAAAAGGUUACAUUUACUGCUUAUUAAAUGUUCAUUGUGCUUUCACAGAGCCUUGAAAGAACACCCUCAAUCCAACAAGACUAAAUGCUCUUAACACUACAUUUUUAUUUUAAAUCAAACUGCAAUCAGGAAGUGUUUUAUUAUUUAGGGCAGUGAUUUAAAGCAAAGGGAAUGAAGUGAUAUGUAACUGAUAUGGGCAUAUUACUUCUUAACUAGUAAUUAGGGUUCAAGUGAUUUGUUAUUGAGUGAUAUUAAGGUAAAUUUGAUAGAACUAGGUAAGAAUUUUGAUCAUAAUUAAGCAAACCAACAAUUGACCUUUUUUUAUAGAAUAAAGGAAGGUAAGGAAAAGUACGGGGAAAUGCUAGAAUAAACAUUUAUUCUUUAAGACCACAUAAAUCUGAGCUAUCUUUCAAUUUAAUCAUAUAUAGAUUAUGAUUAAACCUUAUUUGUCCAACAAACUCUAUCCUAAUAAAAAUUCUCUAGGCUAUUCCUAGAAAUUUCAUUCAACUUUAAAAUGGUUAUCUUUAAUAUAGUAUAUAUCUCAUUGAUUUAGAACGUUCUUCUCUUUUGAGAUAUUAAUCUUUAAAUCUUUAUCCAUAAUGAAUCUCUGUCCUAGAUAGUCUAUUAAACUCCUAAGUUUUCCUCUGUAAUUUUGAUUUCCAUCUAGUCUUCUAUUAUAUAGUAAAGUAAAAUGAGAAUAUUUACCCUGGCAUGUAUAUCUAUAACCAAUUUUUACAAAGAAAUAUAGCCAAAACAUUAGGCAAAACAUCAUUUAAGUUUAUUGCAGUCAUGGAACUCAAAUUCACUCAGGCAUAAAUUCUUUCCAGCCUAAAUGACAUACAUAACCUAUAGCUGAACUAAAUAAUCAAUUUGUAUAAUGCAGAUAAUUGUGAUCAAACUUCUUUAUUUAAUGACUGGUUAAGAGGUUAUCUGAUAAAUUAAUUGAAGUAAAUUAUGUAUAUACAUAUAUACUUUUAUUUCGGCAGAACAGGAGGUAGAUGAGCACCUAAAUACCUAAACCAUGUCUGAGUUAUCUUUAUAUGGUAUUUCCACAAUGCCUUAUUUUUAGUAGGUGCUUAAUAAAAUUUGUAGAUCAAAUGAAUUAAUGCUAUUUUAGAAGGGCUCUGUUCUGCUGGCCUCUUGUUCUGGGAUAUACCUAUUUCCAAGAAAGCUACCUGAUUUAUUUGUAAAAGUUUGGGAAUGCUAUAUCUUCUAGUUACUGUAGUGAUUGUUGUGAAUAUUAAUGUCUGAUGGCCAAUGCUAUCACACCAGAUAUUGUCACAUACAAUAAGGAAAGUUCUGAAUGCCCAAAAGACUUUCACAAAUUUGACACACUGACCUUUACCUCAUUAUCUCACCUACAAACCAGGAAUAAUUUUAUCUUCUUCUGGGCAUUUUGAAGAUUAAAUAGCAUGCCCUUGGCACAGUGCCAACAAGACAGGCAAUUAAUAAAAGCUAUUUUCUGCAUCCAACAGAAAAUACUUUUUUAGUCCAUGUGAAUAUUUAUCUACAAACAUAGACUAAGUAUUAAGUAUUUUUCAAUUCUAAUAAGUCUUUCCCCUAAAACUCUACUGCUAAAGAUAUGUAUAAGAAAGAGAAAAAUGAAGACAAGAUAAUCUGUACUGUAUGCAAAUGUUGAAAUGAUAAUCACAGGGGGAUGAAAUUUAAGCAAAAAUAUGCACUAGGUUGUUUUGUGAUUUAGGUACUAGCUUACCAAGCCUCAGAUAUAUAGUUCAAGAUUUUCUCCCUUCAGAGUCUUUUAGGGCUAUCCAUAGAAUAUGUUCAUUUGGUGACAUGGCAUAGAAGCAAAUUACUGAACACAGUACAAAUGGAGAGAAAAAUUCAUUUAAAUUCAUUCAAAAUUAGGACUGCUUAAAAAUCUAAAUAUUACUUUUACUAUUACUAUAAAACUUUUCUCAGGAAAAUUUAAUUUACAAAACAGUAAGGAAAAUUCAUUGAUUUUUUUUUGCAUCUAUUUUUAUUAACAAAAAGAUUGUUUUUAACAUUAGGAAUUUAGAACACAUAUCCAUCCUACAACAAACCCAUCAGAUACUUAUGUUUUAAGAAUUAGCCUGCAAGUUUGUUUUGGACUGGUUUAUAUGAAGCCAGUCAUUUUCUUAAGUAAAAUAUUUAUUUAACUGUAUUGCAACAUAAAUGUAUCUUUAGUUGUAAAAAUAAAACAAUAUAUGAACAGCUGGUUUACUCUUUUGAUUUAUUGUUGGUAUUAAAAGUUACUUACUUGAGAUGGCACAUUGUCAGGUCUGAUGUUUCCUGACACUAUGAAUAUUAAAAACAAUUUGCCCUUGAAAGUUUUAUCAUCCAGAAAGAAAGAAAGAAAGAAAAAAAGAGAAAAGUCUUUCCACAGUUGAAAAUUUCUUCAAAAAAGGUUGAGAGGAAAAUAAUCUAAAUAGCACACCGUUCUUGAUAAAGA